AGCCAGCCAGGACCAGAAGGAAACCUAUAUCCAAUCACCUACAUCAGCAAGAAGUUACUGCCUAGAGAAAAGCACCUCUCGACGGUUGAGAAAGAAUCCUUGGACAUUGUGGCGGAUGCCUUAUCACAAAAACCAGAGAGUGAAGGAUGAACAAAGACAAUCAACAAUUUACUUGUUUUUGCAGGCAAUGCAACCAGAGGAGAAAUACCUUUUCACAUACAAAGGAUGUUAUUUCCGGCCAGUAUUUACUUCAGUGGAGUACUUAGAUUCCCUGGAGGAUUUUGAAAUAAGAGACAGUGAUGUGUUUUUAGUCACUUAUCCAAAAUCAGGCACAAUAUGGACCCAAAAUAUUUUGAGCUUGAUUUAUCAUGAAGGUCACCGAGAUGGAACCGAAAAAGUCUACUUACUAGACAGGGCUCCGUGGCUGGAGUACAAUGUCCGCAAUGUGGAUUACGUCAGUCGUCCAUCACCUCGCCUCUUUGCUUCCCAUCUACCCUACUAUUUAGUACCCAAAGGGUUAAGGAACAUAAGAGCAAAAGUUGUUUAUGUGGCCAGAAACCCAAAGGAUGUCUUGGUUUCCUUUUACCAUUUUUCCAAAACUAUAGCCAAAUAUGAAGAGGUAGAAGAUUUUGGAAUUUUCAUGGAGAGGUUUUUGGCUGGGAAGGUAUAUGGAGGUUCAUGGCUGGACCAUGUGGGAGGCUGGUACUCUCACAAGGAUGACUUCAAUAUUCUGUUUCUUACCUAUGAAGAAAUGAAGAAGGAUCUGAGAAGCUGUGUCUUGAAAUUAUGCAACUUCCUGGGAAAGAGACUGACGGAAAAGGAGGUGGAUGCUGUUGUGGAUCAGGCUACAUUUAAUAAAAUGAAAGCAGAUCCCAGGGCAAACUAUGAGUUCAUGCCACCGGAUCUCAUGGACCACAGCAAAGGACAUUUUCUUCGGAAAGGGAUGGAAUAUAUCUGGAGUUAUGGAUAUUUAUUUGACCACCACAAUGCACGUUCUUUCUGUCUGCUUCCUGGGCCAGGCACUGUUGGAGACUGGAAGAACACGAUGACAGUCGCACAAAGUGAAAGGUUUGACAGCGUUUUUAAGGAGAGAAUGGAAAAGCUGCCCAUCGAGUUCUGCUGGGACAUCCAUGAUGAAUUAUGAGUCUGCCUUCAGCCUGGAAGGAUGAAAUAAAGUACACUGUAUGCAUUUAAUCCAGCCCUAUUUGUAAGAGUUAGUAAAAAACAAACAAACUCUCAUAUGGCUUAACAGCUUCCUAAUGUUCGAAUAUGCACAAUAUUUUUUUAAAAAACACCACAAUAAAAUUACAUUUGUACUAUC